AUGUCCAUGGGCUGCAAUGUUUAUGAAAGUAAUGAACCAGCUGCUCUUUUCUCCUCAGGGAAUGAACGGCCUCUUCCGCUGACCGAGAGGGUGGAGGCGCUGGAGUCUGUUACCUGGCUGCUGUUGGAGACGCUGGAUCACUUGGGUGAUGAGGACAAAGAGGACUUCGAGGAGGCCUUGAGUAAAACCCACCACUGGUGGUGGUCCGACUCCUUCCACAUACCGCAGGAGUUUACUGACCUGCAGGAUAAAGUGCUGUUUAUGGUGCACACAUACGGCAGCAGCUCCAUGGAGAAGAUCACAAAGGUUUUAAAGGAGAUGAAGAAGACUGAGCUGGUGCAGAGGCGUUCAGACGGCAGCUCGGUGACCAAAGAGACACAUCUGGAUGAACAUCUGUCUGCACUCGUCCACAAGGUGGUGACUAUGAGGUCAGUUGAGCAGGUGCUUUUUGAAACUCUGACAGAUUUGAGCACAGAAGAUCUCAAGAAGGUGAAGUGGCUCCUGGAUGUCGCCUGCUACCAGAGGAAUCUGCCACAGUCGUUAUAUGAUUGGCUGGUGAUGGCAGAUCCGAGGAAUAUGGCGAACAUGAUCGUCGGGAAGUAUGGUCAACAGUCCGUGGAGUUUGCUGUGGAGGUUUUCACGGACAUAAACAGGACCGAUCUGGUCCAGAGGCUGUCGGGGAGCAGCUCCGGACCCAAAGAGAGGCCCGUCGCGGAUGAACACUGGCCUGCGCUGAUCCAGAAAGUAGAAACGUUGUCGUCUGACACCGAGCUGCUGCUGGAAACUCUGGCUGAUCUGAGCGACGAGGAGCUCAAUGACUUCAGGGAGUUUGUUCGGACUCAAUUUAACAUCUUGGGGUUGUCCUGGCUGGACCUGCAGGACAUAGUGAUUUUAAUGGUGCAGGCUUACGGCCAACGGUCCGUGAAGAACUUUGUGGAGAUUUUGAAGCAGAUGAACAAACAUGAGCUGGUCAAGAAGCUCUCAGACAGGAGAUCAGCUUCCAAACAAAAACCCUCUGACGACGAGUGGCGCUCUGCUUUUAUCCGGAAAGUGUCGACUGUGGCAGCUGUUAAACAUCUGCUUGUGGAAAUUGUGUCUGAUUUGAGAAAAGAGGAAUUCCAACAGUUCAAGGAGAUCCUACAGAUGUUUAUCUCUUGGAAGGGUCUCUCAAGCUUCUCCUGGGGUUUGGAUAAGUGUUCAACCGUGGUACAAGUCGUGGACGUGAUGGUGCAAACACUUGGCCGGCAGUCGGUGGAGAUGUCCCGGCAGGCUCUGCUGUACAUGAACAGGACUGAUCUGGAGCAGAGGUUUCCAGACACCAGCUCAGAGCUUGAAGGUAACAUCAGGAAAAUCCUCCGGAGUCUGUCCUCUGGAUUCUUAGGAGGACAAAUCAAGGACCAGGCUGAAGGAACAAAACUCAGAUUUGAAGGACCAGCACUGUGGGAGAAAAAAGCAGAGACUAAACGGAUCCUUUCAGCGAAUCUUGCAGACAUCAAAGGAAAUGAGCUCCUGAAGUUCAAGUGGUUUCUGCAGUUCACCUGCUUCCAGAAGAGUCUCCCACAGAUCCCAAAGUACAAAUUGAACUGCGCAAACACCCCACCUAAACUGGUGGAUCUGAUGCUGGAGAUACUGGGAGAGCGCUCUGUGGAGGUGAUUCGAGAGGUUUUCCAGGAUAUGAAGAAGAUUCUGGUGACAGAACCCAGUGCAUCAGCCGGAGGUAAGAACAAGAAACUCUCACUUUUCAAAGAAGUUGAGCAUCAAACUUGGUGGUGA